AUCCUCUGCUUACACAUGGUUCUGGAAAUACUAAGUAGAUGCAGAGAAAUAAAGCUACUAGUAGGCAGCCUGCAUGCAACGGGACACGUACAAGGGCAGUGUGGUGUCGAGCCACGUCGCCGCCGCAAGGACGCCGAGGUGUCCCUGCUGUCCCGACGCGCGCAACCAUGCAUCACCGCUCCAACUUUAAAUACGCAUGCAAGCCCAAGAACCUGAUCAUCAACAUCAAGCAAAUCUAGCUACUGUAACUAUCAUCAGCAUCAGUUUAGUUAUUAUUCAGAUUGAGGUAGCUAGCUAGCGAGAUGGCGCAGAGCGAGCGCAGGAUGAAGCACGGCACGGCGCAGACCAAGGUGGCCGGCGACGACGAGAUGCUGCGGACCGGCUUCCACAACGGCACCCCGCUGGAGGCCGGCAAGGUCGCCGACUCCCAGCCCGUCGACCUCUUCGCACCCGCCCACCGCAUACCCUCACAGCAGCAGCAGCAGGAAGCAGACGAGGCAGCAGCAGCAGGGAGGAACAGCAGGGUCAUCGCGGAGUCGGAGCCCGUGGACCUGCCCGCGAGCGCCCGGGGCCUGGCCGAGGCCAACGAAGACAAGAAGCCGGCGCAGCAGGGGCGGCAGGGGAUGGCCGAUCAGCACGCCGCCUGGGACGCCAGGCUUAACUGAGUCGUUACUUGCUUGUCUGCAUGCAGCAGCAUGCGCUAUGAUCUAUAUAUGUUUCUGUAUGAAGGAAAUAAUAAGCAAGGCGCGCCGUCUCUUGCACCAA